AUGACGGUAUCAGAAGAAAAAGCUCCAGCCCUUCCGGACUAUGUUCUAGAUCCCGAUGCUGUUCUCAAGGAUGAUAUUAACUGGCGGUAUGGACGAGCACCCGAUUACUCGAAAACACGGAAAGAAUAUGAGGGAGGCAUACGAAUGAACCACGAAGCCGGCAGCCUCCCCAACUUGGUCGAAAACCUCGUAAAGAACUGGGAGAUCGAGGCGUCAUUUAAACCAAAUUUUUCUGAUUGGCGAACAGUCGAUCAGGAGUGCUACACUUUCUCCGUGAAUGGCGGGCCGGCCCAGUCUCCAAACCAUAUGCUUUCAGUGGGCACAUACAACGCUAUUAUCCCUCCCAAUGAAUAUUAUGAUCCAAAACAUUCCGAUUUUGCAAAGAGCCACAAGACCUUCAAGAGGAUGAUGCCAACAUUUGCAUGGGAAGUGCUGGAGGUAUAUAGUGGACCACCUGUGGUGGUGUUUAAGUGGCGGCAUUGGGGAAAAAUGACCAACGACUACUCCGCGGUCAACAACAAGGGGGAGAAGGUUACGGUUAAGGCGCACAAUGGGGCUAUAGAUAUUGAGGGACUGGUUGUUGCAAGGGUGAAUGACAAACUCCAAAUCCAGUCAAUUGAGGUUUGGCAGGAUCCCAUGGCCAUGUUUAGGCAGAUUGACGCGAACGGAGACGCGGUAGCUGCUCCUCAGACGGAUGCAGAGUUGUUUGAGGAUGGGUCCGGGAACGAAGUGCAAGCACCAAAGUGCCCUAUUGCUCAUUAA